UACCUAUCACUUUACAAUUUUGCUUGUCUAUACUGUUUGAGUUUGUUUUUCCAAUUCUCUUUUCAAUUUUGUUUCCCUUUGUUUUGGUUUUGCUUUUCACUCUUCUCGCUUUUUCUUCAGCUAAAGCGUUCUUUUCAGGCGUAUCUGUCAGUAUUGCUGAUUUUCUAAUUCGGUGCUUAGUUGCUGUAGAUGAUCUUGGUGGUGCUUUUGGUAAAGGUUUGAUAGCUUCAGGGGAAAAUAUGCGAGAUGUGGCUUGAAUUACAACAUUGUUUGAGAAAUCGGCAAUGUUUGAAGGUCCUGGUUGAGGUUGAUUCGUCACGGGUCCUGUUGUCGCUGGACGUGGCUCGAUAUCUGGGAUGCCUUCCAUAUUACAAUUCAACCCAGGUUCUUCAUGAUCUGUUAUUUUUUGGAGCUGUGAUUCCUCAUUAUGAGUUGAUUCCAAUAACGAUAUGUUAGUGUCAGGCAGAGGUCGGUCAGUCACAAAAGACGGAGCAAAAUCUUCAUCCGUAAAUAUAUCAGGGUUGUAUGGACUUAUGCCUGCUUUUUUAAACGCGUUCAUUAUGUUAUUGGGAGUCGCUGCUACAGGCCAUGCAAUCUUUACAAUUCCAGGUAUCUCAUAGAUAGACAUUGUCUUUCCUGGGUUGUUACGUAACCAGUUUUGUUGAGCUUUGGUACAAUAUGUUUUGAACGGUCCAUUAACGCCAACGUCUAAAGGUUGCAAAUGAUUAGUGCAAUGUGGAGGGAAAGACAACAUUACAACCGAAUUGACCUUUGCCUUUUCAACAACAUCAAUGUCAACAUGUGAUUGAUGGUUAUCAAGCAAUAACAAGACUGGAUCCUCAGGUGUAGGCUUUGUAUAUUUAAUAAAAUGGUCCAUGAAGAUAAGGAAUUCUUUAGCCGUCAUCCAUCCCGAACUAUUUCCUGCUCCAAUACUUUCUGGGGGACCAUCACGAAGAAAUAGGUCUUUAUACUUGAGGCGAGGAAAAACAAACAUAGGGGGGAUAGUAUUUCCAACUGCAUUCGCUGCUAAUUCGACGGUAACUAAGGUUCCCCGCUCUGCAGAUACUAUGGCACCUACCUGCUUAGCUCCUUUUGAGGCUACUAUUUUUUUUUUGGUUUUAGCACAGUGGUGACUCCUGUUUCGUCCAAGUUCCAUAUUCUAGACGGUCGGAAGCUGUGUUUCAAUAUGACGUCUCCAAACUUCUUGAAGAAUUCCUUAACGUUGUGCCGGUUAAAAGAAGAUGCACGACCUGCACUUGUUGCUUCAGGAGUUCUUAUAGACAAGGAUGGAUUUCUUUUCAAAAAACCCGUAAACCAAUCAGCUCCAGCUUCUUUAUUUCUAUGCCAAGAGGCAGGAAUGUUAUGCAUGUCAAAUUUAAUAGCACAAGUAUAUGCCAAUUUCCUUACUUCUUCUGGCAAGAGGCCAAAGUAGAUUGAAGCACACUUCAACAAAUACUCGGCUAAUGUCUUCUCCUGGUCAUGGUUGAACACCUGUCUGGAAUAAUAGCCUACAGUGGGUGUUAAACCGGCCUUCAACUUUUUGACAUAACGAAAUAACGUCAUGUGGCAUAUUUCCAGUUCUCGAGCGACCGUCUUAAGCUUACGACCAUUUCUAAUAACAGCAUCAGCUGCCCGCUGCAGCAAGUCAAUCGAAACUUUGCCUCGUUCGGUUUUCCGUUUGUAGUUUCUCAUCCUAAAACAAAUUUGAUUUCUAUUAUUAACGUGUUACAUUACGGGGCACGUUGUUCCGCGGUACAACUAGCCCCCCGCCAAAGGAACUUUCAACCCCAAAUCCCAUUUCCAAGGUAUCCUCCAAUUAUAAUAGAAUAGGUUAAGAAAAUGGAAGAAUGAUAAUAAAAAGAUAUUCGCUAUAGUUUGCCCAACUCAACUCUGCAAAUCAGGCACAAAUAGCAGUCAAAUUAAAUGAUUUAGACCAAAAAGACUAGAGACGAAAAAAUUUACUUACGUGAUUUUUAUACACCACUAACGAUUACCACUGUCACCUGCUGUCACGGCAUCACUAAAAUGGCUGACACAAUAGCGCGUUAGUACGACGGUUUGCAACACACUUCACACCUAUUGUUAUCUCUUUUCAUCGCUGAGCUAUUCGGAUCGGAACAACCUACCCCCGGCACUUUGAACCCCGGUCUCCCCUACAUGAGAGCAGUACGGAUGCAGUUUUUUAACAUUUUCUUCUAUUUCUGUCAGAUAUGUCUAAUAGUGAGGAAGAAGACGUGCUUAUUUAUUACCGAUACAAAAGACAACGAAGGCUUCGAAGAAAACUGUGGUGUCAUCCUUAUAUUGAAAGAAACAUAAACUGCAGGUUUUUCAUGGCAGCUAACCAGCUAGCCGAAACAGAUGUCAAAUUCGUGCAAUGCUACAGAAUGUCCAAAGCUUCUUACCUGGAAUUAGUUAAGCUGCUUAGCCCUUUCCUAUCAAAGAUGAACACAAAUAUGCGAGAAUGUGUGAGCGCAGAGGAAAGAAUACUAAUCACUUUAAGGUACUUGGCUACGGGUUGCACGUUUGUAUCGCUUUCUUUAUACUUCGCAAGAAGGGAGACCACAGUUGGUAUUAUCGUUAAAGAAACAACAAAAAUAAUCUGGGAUGUGCUGAAUGACACCUAUAUGCCUUUACCAACGGUUGAAAAAUGGAAAGCGAUAGCAGAUCGUUUCGAGUUCUUGUGGAACCUUCCCAACUGCAUCGGGGCAAUAGACGGUAAACAUAUCCGAAUACAGAAAUUUGCUAACACUGGUUCAGAAUACUUCAAUUAUAAAUCUUAUCAUUCUGUGGUACUUAUGGCAUGUUAUGAUGCAGAUGGACUUUUUACAAUGAUAGAACCAGGUUACGCAGGAAGAAACAGCGAUGGAGGGAUCUUCCGUGCUUCUAGAAUCAAGUACUGGAUAACACAAGGCAAUUUUGAGAUUCCUUCACCCUCCCCCUUAACGCACGAUGAAAAAAGAGUCCCAUUGCCUUACUAUUUUGCAGGGGAUGAAGCUUUUCCAUUAACACGAUAUUUAAUGAGACCGUAUCCAAAAAGAACACUAGACAACGUUAAACGCAUUUUUAACUAUAGAUUGAGCCGAGGGAGAAAAACAAUUGAAUGCGCAUUUGGGAUGGCAGCAGAAAAGUUUCAGGUCCUAAACGGUCCUAUACUAUGCCGAGAUCUGGGAACAGUCAGCAAUAUAAUAAAAGCCGUUUGCGUUUUACACAACUUUGUUCACGCUCGAGAAGGAAUUGAGUAUACAGCAUCUUCAGUUCAAAUGACAGGAACAUAACAAAAUAACACAAUUAUACCAAUGGCAGAUUUAACAAUAAAUGUGGAUGCAACACCAACUGCCCUCAGAAAUUAUAUUGCUAAUUAUUUUCUGUCUCCUCAUGCCUCUCUGCCCUGGCAAUGGAAUUAUUGUGUCCGAGACAUUUGAUUUUUACUGUACAAAAGUAGUAAUGCAGAUAAAACUGUUGUUACAUAUAUACUUUUAUCAAAAUUGAUAUCUUUUUUACUUUUUUAUAGAUUAAAUAUAUUGGUUGUCCUGCUACACAAUAUCUUGUUCCGUCGUUUUGUCAAUUAAUGUGCAAUAUAUGUUGUUCAUUAAUUAGUUUAUAUUAUUAAACGCAUUGUACAUACCUGUCAUGCUUACUUCUUUCGCCACCUCACUCCACGCUUUUUCCUAAUGGAAAAUGAGAAUGAGAUGUAAU